AUGAGUAACGAAGACACUAUAAUGAGCAACGCGCCGCUCACACCACGCGACGAACCCGAACUCACUUCACCAAUGGUCGACUUCUCUCCUUCAACCGUGCGCUACGACGAAGCCUUUGAAAACAGCCUCAUGGAUCUCAUUCUCAAUCCGCCAUCUGCUCCCUCACCACGGAAGUCGUCCCAAGACAUCCCUACAAUCUCCGCAUCACAACUACCCAUACCACUCUCGUCGCAUCUUCGCACCUACAACUCCGCAAUACCAGGUCUAUAUCUCACCCACAAGAAUGGAUAUUACACCGGUGGACCGGGACCCUCGCCGCAUACAAUCCAGGAGUUUGCAGAUAGAUUCAUACGGGAGCACGGUAUCGAGGAUGCGGGGCAGCUGGAGAGGGUAGUGGAAGAUGUGGUGAGGAGUAAGAUGGAAGAGGUCAAGGAGCGCAUGAAGAAGAGGAAGGAGGUUUUUGAGAAGAAUAAGGCGGUGGAGAGAGAGUUGGAGGAUUUGAGGUUGCAGCGGAGUGCUGAGUUGAGGGUUAUGGAGAGGGUUAAGGGGAAGAAGCAGUGA